AUGGCUUGCGCUACAUCAUUUGAGCCUAUAGCAAUAAUUGGCAUGUCUUGUGAAUUUGCUGGUGGCAUCCAUACGCCCAUUGAUUUGUGGCAGGCACUUGAAGAAAGCCGUGAUCUGGGUAGUGAAAUACCUAUCGAGCGAACCGAUUUCUUGUCAUAUUGUGCUCAUAUGCUCAACCAAGAUAAUGGUGAUUUCAAACAAAAGCUCUUACAUCGUGGUUAUUUUUUGCCAUCAUCGCUUCUCGACACUUUUGAUGCAGCUUACUUCAAUCUCUCAGAGGGAGAGGCAGUUACGAUUGAUCCGUGUCAUCGUCUUCUCAUGAUGAAAUUCGUUCAUUUGAUUGAGGACGCUGGUUAUACUUUGGAAAAAAUGCGUGGAUCACGUACUUCGGUGCAUAUUGGUCAAUUCUCAAACGAUCAUACAUAUUUAUCUCUUCGGCUUAAACCAGAGCAGCGAACACGUUUUCUCAGUCCACACGUACUGCUUUACAAUGCAUCAGCUCGCCUGUCAUACCAUUUUGAUCUUCAUGGACCUAAUUUAUCUCUGGAUACUGCUUGUUCAACAGGACUUCAAGCCAUUAAUCUCGGCGUACAAGCAUUGCGUACAGGCGAAGCAGACAUGGCUGUUUGUGGCAGUGUUAAUACAGUGAUGACACCUGAGCAAAUACUCAACUAUUCAAUUACCGGCGCUUCUUCUGCUGAUGGGCGAAGUCGAUCGUUUAGUGUCGAUGCCAAUGGUUAUGCAAAAGGCGAGGGCCUAGGUUUGGUUCUUCUCAAGCGACUAAAUGAUGCUGAAAGGGAUGGUGAUAGAAUUUACUGUGUACUGCACGAUAUCUUAAGCAAUCACGAUGGUUCUGAAGGCAAAAACAGUUUUGUGAUACCAGCAGCAGCCGGGCAAGCACGCCUUCUAGACGAAGUUUAUACAAGAACACAGUACGAUCGAAAUCGUAUUUUCUAUGUUGAAGCACAUGGAACAGGAACACAAGUAGGUGAUCCAAUAGAAGCAAAUACUAUAGGUGCAUUCUUUCAACGAUCGCCUUUCGAUCCUCCUUUAUUAAUCGGAUCUGUUAAGAGCAAUAUCGGGCAUACAGAAGGAGCAGCUGGUCUUGCAUCUCUUAUUAAAUCAAUAAUGUGUAUAAAACAUAGAGCGAUUCCACCUAACAUGCAUUUCAAAGCUUAUAAUCCGAAAAUUGAAGCAGAUCGGUUCAAUCUGCAUGUAGUUCAGACAAUGACUCCAUUUCUUCCACUCAAAAUUGAUGGUGAAAAUGAACAUCCAGUAGCUAUCGGCAUCAACUCAUUUGGUAUUGGUGGCAAUAAUGCUCAUGCUAUUAUCGAAGAAUAUCGUCCAAAAGAGAGAUCGAUCAAUACAAAUGGUCAUGUUGAAGGAGAGCUGCUACAGCAACAUGAUCUUUUUAUCUUUUCGACAAAGAGUAGUGAUUCACUUUACAAACAAGUGAUAUCAUUUAAUGAAUGGUUAAAACAAAUAGAACCUCAGGAUGAUGAACAUUCUUUUCUUGCACGCAUUUCUCAACAAUUACUGCUCAAACGCACUAUUAGUCACGAGCAUUUGGCCAUUUUUGUUUCAGCCAAUCGUGCUCAAUUGCAACAACAACUUGAUAUUUUUCUUCAAAAACAAUCAACACCAGGACUACUAGUUACCAAGCGUAUUUCAUCAAGUUUUCCUCGCAUAUGCUUUGUUUUGAGUGGUCAGGGUCCUCAAUGGUGGGCCAUGGGUCGAGAAUUAUACUCAUCUGAACCUAUUUUUCGUCAAUGGAUUCAACGAAUUAAUGAAGAACUUAUCAAAAUCAAUGGUGAUGAAUACAACUUACUGAACGAAAUGAUUGAAAAGACGGAGAAAGAAUCACGUAUCAAUGACACUAACAUUGCACAAUCGGCCAUAUUUGCUGUUCAAGUAGGACUUGCUGCACUUCUUGUCUCGUGGCAUAUCUUUCCCAGUGCAAUCGUAUCUCAUAGUGCUGGAGAACAAGCAGCUGCUUUUAUCUCUGGACGAGUUUCAUUGAAUGAAGCAGUUCGUAUUGUUUACAAUAGAUCGCGUCUUCAACAUCGAAAUACUCGGCAGGGUGGUCGAAUGUUGGCUGUUGCUAUGAAUGAACAAGAAGUGCGAGAUUCAUUACUCAAAGGAAUCGAACAUCUAGUAUCUAUUGCUGGUGUCAACAGUCCACGCUCAGUAACACUCAGUGGUGAUGAAAAAAUUAUCGAUGAACUUGAGAGCAUCCUUACAACAUUUCAUCCGACAGUGUUCAAAGCUCGACUAAGGAUAGAGAAUGCAUUUCAUUCUCAUCAGAUGGAUCGCUUCGGUGUUAGAGAAGAGAUGCUUUCAACACUUGGCGACAUUCGAGGUCUUCCUCUUGAGAAUACACAAGAAAUGUUUGAUGUUCGUUGUGCACAAGCUAAACUUUAUUCAAGUGUUAUUGGAGGUCGAAUAGAAGAUAAAAUACCACUUGACUCUCAUCAUUGGUGGUCAAAUGUUCGGCAAUGUGUUCGAUUUGGUGAUGCUAUUCAAGCAAUUAUCCAAGAUGGAGUCGCUGAUGCUUUCCUCGAACUAUCACCACAUCCUGUUUUGGCCACAUCAAUACAUGAAUGCUGCGAGAAGACAUCCACAUUUCAACCACUUAUUUUGCCUACUCUCAAACGUAAGGAGGAUGAACAGAAAACAUUGUUAACAAGCAUUGCACAACUUUCAUACUCACCCGAUGUAUGGAAACACUUUUUAGCAUCUCGAUGUGUUCAACCAUGUAAAGAUUUGGAACAUUUAUUUGACAAUUUUCCAUUAUAUGCAUUCAACUUGACUUCUUGUUGGUAUGAAUCAAAAGAAUCUGCACUAGAACGUCUUGCAUAUCGUCUACCUCUACAUCCCCUACUUGGUGUUCGUCAAUGGACUCAUCAUACUUCGGUAAUAUGGAAAAGUUUGAUCAAUCUCAAUCUACCUGAAUAUGCCUAUUUAUCUCAGCACAAAAUGCAAGAUUCUAUUCUUUUUCCAGCUUCUGGAUUUCUUGAGAUGGCACUAGCCGCCUGUCGUCAGCUCUUGCCAGUAGUUAAAGAUGAAGAGACUUCACCACCAAUCGCUUUUGAACAGAUUGAAUUUAUCAAAGCUCUCGCUCUUUCAGAACACGAAUUAAUCGAAGUUAUUACACAAAUUGUGAUGCCGAUGCAUGAAUGGUUAAUUUUUAGUCGACCAUGGUCGGCAGCUGGACUAGAUUGUCGACGAUCUUCUGGUAUGGCUUGCAAUGAUUUCAUUGAUUCUUUUGUUGAUCUGCAAACAUUGAAUGAAUAUUCUCUACAUCAAUGUACUCUGCAUGCACGAGGUCGCAUUGAUAUUGGUCCUCAUUUAAACAUUCAUGCCUCGUCAGCUUAUCGAUUCAGUAACGAAGAAACAGCAAACUGGUAUAAUCUGGAUGUUCCUAACCUCUACUCACAUUUCUCUACAAAAGGGUAUCAAUAUGGUCCAAACUUUAGAGUACUGACAUCAGUUAAAAGCACAAACUCACAAAUGACUGGUCGAGUUGCUCCAGCUAAUGAUGAACAAAACGAUAAACGUUACCAUCUGCAUCCACUUGUUACUGAUAGUUGUUUUCAUACGUUCUUGUCUAUUGUACCAGGAAUUGAAAUAUUCCUUCCAGUUGCCAUUGAAAAGAUGAUUGUUUAUGGAAGGACUUUUAAUGUGUCUCAAUUAGCGNAUGACUAG